UCCCGGCUCUUCGCCCCUGCAUCUCCCCUCCCCGCUCAGGGGCGGCCAAGAGACCCACCGCAGGCGAAACACGGCAAAACCCUUUUUAGCGCUGUUUUCAAACGAGUGUAAGACCUCUAACUCUCUCUUCGCGGUCUGGUAUUUCUGGGGUUUUUAAUUUAUAGCAGCGUCAUGCAAGGCUUCAGUGGCAUGUGUGUACGUUCCACACCCAGGAUGAUCGGAUGGGUGCCAUUGGAGAAAAUGAAGUUCCAUCUGAAGAUGCCCUAAUACUACAGUUGCACCUUGCAAAAGGGCAUGAAAAAUUUACUGAAAUGCUAAAAAGCCAACAGCAGAUCAUUGUCGAUUUGCAGCAAAAACUUGCUGAACAGCAGCACAUACUGGUUAGCCAGCAACGGGAGAUUCUUGAACAGCAAAGGAAAAUGUAUGAGCAAAUGGAUCUGAUCAAAGUCCAAUAUGGUAUGCUUUUUGAUACGGUGAAACAAAUGUCAUUUCAGAGUUUGCAAGAAGAUAUUCAAAAUUAUUUUGAAAGUCAUCUUCAAGGACUUCAGAACCAGCUCAGAAAUCAUCUCCAGAAGUCAUACUCUGUGCAUAAAGUAGAAGUGGAUGCAAAAGUGAUUAAUGUUGGGGAGUCAUUGAUGGACUGUGGCCUUUGUGAAAGUGAUGAAUUUUGCAAUUUCCAAAAGACACCUUCACAAUGUGAAAAAUGCACAUUGUGUCCUGCUGGUUUCUUCCAAAUGGCCGAGUGUUCUGCAAACUCUGAUAGGAUUUGCCAGGACAGAGAUGAAUGCACUGAAUCUCCAAGCAUUUGUGGUGAGAGGAUAAAAUGCCUGAAUACUCCGGGUGGUUUCCGAUGCCUUGGAAUUGCUGAGAAAGAUGCAGCUUUGGGAGUGUGUGGAGAGGAGUAUUUCUUUAAUAAGGAAAUGCAGGAAUGCCAAGCGUGUUUAAAAUGUGAAGAUGGAAUGGUGGCCAUGCCUUGUUCCACUGUCAGUGAUACAGUUUGUUCGGUAACUAGUGAAAACAAGCUCUCAGAGUCUUGGGCUGCAAACAUCAUUCUACCCUCUGUAAAGUCUGGCAUCUCUCAGGUCUACUCUGGCUUGAACUUGAAGAUAAAAGGAAAGCUUCCCUGUGAAAUCCUAUCUGUUGAAGAUAACAGCCUGGUGUUCAGGCAACAUGGUUUGUUGUGGACUGACCUAAAUUUUGCAGUAAAGCACAACUGCAGGAAUUUUUUGCAACUUUCCUUAAAGCUUAAUGGCAGUGAGGAAGGCUAUGAACUGAGCGGUGUUCGCAUUGAACAGCCAGAAGGAAAGUAUUUCCAGAGCACUAGUUUAAGCAGUGCUGCUGAAGUGGAGCCCAGCCAAACUCUCUCUGUGUAUUUGAGGAGCCCAAAUCAAUUCUGCAAUCAAAGUAAAGACUUAAAUAUUUAUGAUCUUAAUACCCCACUCAGUUUGUUUUGGUUGUCCCAUGACACAGGUGCUGUGGCACUCAGUGCACAGAUGUCAACAGCAAUGCAUUACCAAACCAACUAUCGACCUACCUUUAAAAUAAUUUCUGUUUCCGACCCUUACAUGCUAAGUUUAUCUCAUGAUGGCAGAGCGAUAAAGUUCACUGAAACUGGUGUUGUCAAAUUUGUGUUCCACCAAGCAUUGUAUUCUAUGGGUCAUACCUGUGUCCGGGAGGGCUUCUCCUUAAUUUCCUAUAUCAAUAGGAAUGGUACCAACAGAGAAUUAAUGAAUGUAUUUAAAUCUGGGGUAAAUUACAGAGAUACAUCGAUAUCUGCUUCCUGGGCCACAAAAGUUGGUGCUGGAGAUCUGAUUAGCUUUGAGAUACUCUCUCCUGCACAGUGUAAUGUUCGGUAUUUUGGAGAUAGUUCUGGAAUUAGUAUGUUUAGUCUCAUCUGGAUCCCUUCAGCAGUUUCUAGUGCCUUAUCAGCCACAGUUUCUGUUACAGGUCUGCCCACUGGAGCCGUGAGAAACAAAUUAUUGGAUUUCACGCAGGUCUCAUCCAAUGAGAAACAGAUACAGCUGAUUUCUUCUGGACAGCUUGCUCAAAAGUAUUUCAUUUUUACUGAAAAGGGAGUUGCCAGCCUUGCAUUUAACUUAAAGCUAAUCCACUCAUGCAAUGUGCUCAAAAUGACUCUCAAUCAGUUGACCAUGGAUCACAUGCAACCCACAGCAAUUGCUCAGCAGAUUGGAGGUCAGAUGCCAGAGGGAAGCACAUGGACCAGUGUGUCCCUCCGUGCAUCUUUUGAAGUACAUAAUGGAACAUUGAUAGCAGUCUCUCUUGACUGUGUGCGUGGAAGGAUCAAUCAGAUCACUCAUGAACAGGGAACCAGUAUAUCUAUUUUAUGGAUUUCAUCUUAAUUUCUGUACAGUGAAGUUAGCACAGAAUUGGGAUUUAAAUCGCAUUUGGGUUCUACUCUGAUUCUGUACAUAUUUGACACCUUACACUGUGUUGACAUGAGCAGAUUGUCCCACCAAAAUGCUUUCAAUAUUAGGAAUAUUUAAAUACAAUCUUAACUGAAUGAUCAGUAUUUAAAGAAAACAGAGCUUUUAGUGUUCCAAGAUUUUACUUCUGUUAACAUCUUCAGGCAGGGAAACCUUGAAUUCAGAUCAAACUCUUACUUUUUCAUAAAGCAGUCUCUUAAAAUUAGUUAUUUCUGGACCACAAAAAAAUUGCAGAUGAGGUUAAAUACAUACCUUUUAGCACUGCAACCGAAAGCAGCACAGCCAAAUAAUGGAAACCUGCUUGCAGUUUCUUUACUGCAACAGGCUAAUAUCAAGACUAAAUGCACUUUGAGGCUAAUUUUGUUGCAUCUUAUAAAAUGUUGUGCUUUCUAUAAAUGGAGGGAACAUGCCUCAAACCUGAGGUGAUAAUAUGAUAACACUGGAGUAUACAUGCUUAAUAUUAUAGAAAUGGACAUGGGUCAAAAAUAGAACAUUUCUAAAACAUUGAAACUAAUGGCUGUCCUCAUUUCAUUUGGAAAUAAUCUGCAUUUAAGUAAUUUGGGAAGGCUUUUUGCCAUUUUUAGUUUUGCCAGUGAAAAGUUGCAGGAUGAGAAGGAAGAAAGUCUAUUCUAAAAAGUAAGAGUAUGUAGGAGAUAAAGAGUAUUAAAAGAAUGUCUUGAAAAUGAGACUUUUGAAAAUUUUUUUUUAAAAUGUAUUUCCUUUCUUAUAAAUGACAAAAUAUUUUUCUAACCAAAGAGGAACACCAUUCACAAGCAUAUUUAUUUUGCUGAACAGGUACUUAAUAUAAAAAGUUUGGGUUUUUUUUUGUAAAAUCACUCAGUAAAUUCAAAGAAAUGGUACAUUCAGUGGCACUGGUUUUUAUCUUCCUCCAGCCAUCUAUCCAACUGUCCAUCAAACUAUUUUUUUUCUAAUCUAUGUAGAGUGUUUUCUCUCAUUUUCUCCUUUCUCCACAAACACUGCUUCACCCUCUCAUUUCUUUCGUUAGGAGUAAAUGGCAUGCCCUCUCAUAUAGCUCAACUCUGUCCAUUCUCCUUUCACCCUCCCUGCUAAAGAAUAGAUAUGUCUAUGGUUAUGUAUACAUACAUAAUUAUAGAAGAGGGACAUUAAUAAUGCACUUGCAGGCUGCCUUACAUCAACCUUACUGAAGGAAGGAAUAUUAUGCAUGAAUAACUUUAGUGUCGCUAUCUGCCUUCAUAUGUAUAUCCAAAAUAGAUGGAGUUUCCUGUGCUUCUCACCUGUUCUGGAGUUUGUCACACUGUUUUUGCUGUACAGUCUCUUCCUAUAAUUUUCUGUAAAAGAAUGAACCCAAGUGCAAGACCUCUAUCUGGUGGUUCUGUUCUUAUGUGUAACUUUUUAACUGUGUCCUUAACACCUGAGGUUUUCUUCCAUUCUUUUUUU